GGUGAGGGCUGUGAGGGCGGCGGGUGGUGGAGCGACGGCAGCGGCCGCGGCCGAAGGAGCAAUAACAGCAGCCGUGGCGGCCACGGGGCGGGGCGCGGCGGUCGGUGACCGCGGCCGGGGCUGCAGGCGGCGGAGCGGCUGGUUUUGAAUAUAUUAACACUGAAUCAGCACUUCUAAAGCCCUGCCUUCUCCCACUGGCUUCACUUGGCCUUCAGACAUAAUGAGGAGACUGGCUUUUCGAGGAGCUGGUUGUGCUCUGAAGUUGGAUUCCAUGGGUUCCAAGAGAAGAAGAGCUACCUCCCCUUCCAGUAGUGUCAGUGGGGACUUUGAUGAUGGGCACCAUUCUGUGUCCACGCCAGGCCCAAGCAGGAAAAGGAGGAGACUUUCCAAUCUUCCAACUGUAGACCCUAUUGCUGUGUGCCAUGAACUCUACAACACCAUCCGAGACUAUAAGGAUGAGCAGGGCAGGCUCCUUUGUGAGCUCUUCAUUAGGGCACCAAAACGAAGAAAUCAACCAGAUUAUUAUGAAGUGGUUUCUCAGCCCAUUGACUUGAUGAAAAUCCAGCAGAAACUAAAAAUGGAGGAGUAUGAUGAUGUUAAUCUGCUGACUGCUGACUUCCAGCUGCUUUUUAACAAUGCAAAGGCCUAUUAUAAGCCAGAUUCUCCUGAAUAUAAAGCUGCUUGCAAACUCUGGGAUUUGUACCUUCGAACAAGAAAUGAGUUUGUUCAGAAAGGAGAAGCAGAUGACGAGGAUGACGAUGAAGAUGGGCAAGACAAUCAGGGCACAGUGAGCGAAGGAUCUUCUCCAAGUUACUUGAAGGAGAUACUGGAGCAGCUUCUUGAAGCCAUAGUUGUAGCCACAAAUCCAUCAGGACGUCUCAUUAGCGAACUUUUUCAGAAACUGCCUUCUAAAGUGCAAUAUCCAGACUAUUAUGCAAUAAUUAAGGAGCCUAUAGAUCUCAAGACCAUUGCCCAGAGGAUACAGAAUGGAAGCUACAAGAGUAUUCAUGCAAUGGCCAAAGAUAUAGAUCUCCUAGCAAAAAAUGCCAAAACUUACAAUGAGCCUGGGUCUCAAGUAUUCAAGGAUGCAAAUUCUAUUAAAAAAAUAUUUUAUAUGAAAAAGGCAGAAAUUGAACACCAUGAAAUGACUAAGUCAAGCCUUCGAAUGAGGACUCCAUCAAAUUUGGCUACAGCCAGGCUGACAGGUCCUUCACACAGUAAAGGCAGCCUUGGUGAGGAGAGAAAUCCCACUAGCAAGUACUACCGUAAUAAAAGGGCAGUCCAAGGGGGUCGUUUAUCUGCAAUUACCAUGGCACUUCAGUAUGGCUCAGAAAGUGAAGAGGAUGCUGCUUUAGCAGCUGCACGUUAUGAAGAAGGAGAGUCAGAAGCAGAGAGCAUUACUUCAUUUAUGGAUGUUUCAAAUCCUUUUUAUCAGCUUUAUGACACAGUUAGGAGCUGUCGGAAUAACCAAGGGCAGCUAAUAGCUGAACCUUUUUUCCAUUUGCCUUCAAAGAAGAAAUACCCUGAUUAUUAUCAGCAAAUUAAAAUGCCCAUAUCACUACAACAGAUCAGAACAAAGCUAAAGAACCAAGAAUAUGAAACUUUAGAUCAUUUGGAGUGUGACCUGAAUUUAAUGUUUGAAAAUGCCAAACGCUAUAAUGUUCCCAACUCAGCCAUCUACAAGCGAGUUCUAAAACUGCAGCAAGUCAUGCAGGCAAAGAAGAAGGAGCUUGCCAGGAGAGACGACAUUGAGGAUGGAGACAGCAUGAUUUCUUCAGCAACCUCUGAUACUGGUAGUGCCAAAAGAAAAAGGAACACUCUUGACAGUGAGAUGUUGGGUCUCAGGAGGCUAUCCAGUAAAAAGAACAUUAGAAAGCAGCGAAUGAAAAUCUUAUUCAAUGUUGUUCUUGAAGCUCGUGAGCCAGGUUCAGGCAGAAGACUUUGUGAUCUGUUUAUGGUUAAACCAUCCAAAAAGGACUAUCCUGAUUACUAUAAAAUCAUCUUGGAGCCAAUGGACUUGAAAAUAAUUGAGCAUAACAUUCGUAAUGACAAAUAUGCAGGGGAAGAGGGAAUGAUAGAAGACAUGAAGCUGAUGUUCCGGAAUGCCAGGCACUACAACGAGGAGGGCUCCCAGGUGUACAAUGAUGCGCACAUCCUGGAGAAAUUACUCAAGGAUAAAAGGAAAGAGCUGGGCCCACUGCCUGAUGACGAUGACAUGGCUUCUCCCAAACUCAAGCUGAGUAGGAAGAGUGGUAUUUCUCCUAAAAAAUCAAAAUACAUGACUCCAAUGCAGCAGAAACUAAAUGAAGUCUAUGAAGCUGUAAAGAACUAUACCGAUAAGAGGGGUCGCCGCCUCAGUGCCAUAUUUCUGAGGCUUCCCUCCAGAUCCGAGCUGCCUGACUACUAUUUGACCAUUAAAAAGCCCAUGGACAUGGAAAAAAUUCGAAGUCACAUGAUGGCCAACAAAUACCAAGAUAUAGACUCCAUGGUUGAGGACUUCGUCAUGAUGUUUAACAAUGCCUGUACAUACAAUGAGCCUGAGUCUUUGAUCUACAAAGAUGCCCUUGUGCUACACAAAGUCCUGCUUGAGACUCGGAGAGACCUAGAAGGAGAUGAGGACUCUCAUGUCCCAAAUGUAACCUUGCUGAUUCAGGAGCUUAUCCAUAAUCUUUUUGUGUCAGUCAUGAGUCAUCAGGAUGAUGAAGGAAGAUGCUACAGUGAUUCCUUAGCAGAAAUUCCUGCUGUGGAUCCCAGCUUUCCAAACAAACCUCCUCUUACUUUUGACAUAAUUAGGAAAAAUGUUGAAAAUAAUCGCUACCGGCGGCUCGAUUUAUUUCAAGAGCAUAUGUUUGAAGUAUUGGAGAGGGCAAGAAGGAUGAAUCGGACAGAUUCUGAAAUAUAUGAGGAUGCGGUAGAACUUCAGCAGUUUUUUAUUAAAAUUCGUGAUGAACUCUGCAAAAAUGGAGAGAUCCUUCUUUCACCAGCACUCAGCUAUACCACGAAACAUUUACAUAAUGAUGUGGAGAAAGAGAAAAAGGAAAAACUACCAAAAGAAAUAGAGGAGGAUAAACUAAAACGAGAAGAAGAAAAAAGAGAAGCUGAAAAGAGUGAAGAUUCCUCGGGAGCUGCAGGCCUCUCAGGCUUACAUCGCACAUACAGCCAGGACUGCAGCUUUAAGAACAGCAUGUACCAUGUUGGAGAUUACGUCUAUGUGGAGCCUGCCGAGGCCAAUCUACAACCACAUAUAGUCUGUAUUGAGAGAUUAUGGGAAGAUUCUGCUGGUGAAAAAUGGUUGUAUGGCUGUUGGUUUUAUCGGCCAAAUGAAACAUUCCAUUUGGCUACACGAAAAUUUCUAGAAAAAGAAGUUUUUAAGAGUGACUAUUACAAUAAAGUUCCUGUUAGUAAAAUUCUAGGAAAAUGUGUGGUCAUGUUUGUCAAGGAAUACUUUAAAUUAUGCCCAGAAAACUUUCGAGAUGAAGAUGUUUUUGUCUGUGAAUCACGGUAUUCUGCCAAAACCAAAUCUUUUAAGAAAAUUAAACUAUGGACCAUGCCCAUCAGCUCAGUUAGAUUUGUCCCUCGAGAUGUGCCCUUGCCUGUAGUCCGAGUGGCCUCUGUAUUUGCAAAUGCAGACAAAGGGGAUGACGAGAAGAACACAGACAACUCGGAGGACAGUCGAACUGAAGACAGUUUUAACUUGGAAAAGGAGAAAGAAGAUGUCCCUGUGGAAAUGUCGAAUGGUGAACCAGGUUGCCACUACUUUGAGCAGCUCCGGUAUAAUGACAUGUGGCUGAAGGUUGGCGACUGUGUCUUCAUCAAGUCCCAUGGCCUGGUACGCCCUCGCGUAGGCAGAAUUGAAAAGGUAUGGGUCCGAGAUGGAGCCGCAUAUUUUUACGGCCCCAUCUUCAUUCACCCAGAGGAGACGGAACAUGAGCCCACAAAAAUGUUCUACAAGAAAGAAGUGUUUCUCAGUAAUCUGGAAGAAACCUGUCCCAUGACAUGUAUUCUAGGAAAGUGUGCUGUGUUGUCAUUUAAGGACUUCCUGUCCUGUAGGCCAACUGAAAUUCCAGAAAAUGACAUUCUGCUUUGUGAGAGCCGCUACAACGAGAGUGAUAAGCAGAUGAAGAAAUUCAAGGGACUGAAGAGGUUUUCACUCUCUGCUAAAGUGGUAGAUGAUGAAAUUUAUUACUUCAGAAAACCAAUUGUUCCUCAGAAGGAGCCCUCACCUUUAUUGGAAAAGAAGAUCCAAUUGCUAGAAGCUAAAUUUGCUGAGUUAGAAGGUGGAGAUGAUGAUAUCGAAGAAAUGGGAGAAGAUGAUAGUGAGGUCAUUGAGCCUCCUUCUCUACCUCAACUUCAGACUCCCCUGGCCAGUGAGCUGGAUCUUAUGCCCUACACACCCCCACAGUCUACCCCAAAGUCUGCCAAAGGCAGUGCAAAGAAGGAAGGCUCCAAACGGAAAAUCAACAUGAGUGGCUACAUCCUGUUCAGCAGUGAGAUGAGAGCUGUGAUUAAGGCCCAGCACCCAGACUACUCUUUUGGGGAGCUCAGCCGACUGGUGGGGACAGAAUGGAGAAACCUUGAGACAGCCAAGAAAGCAGAAUAUGAAGAGCGGGCAGCUAAAGUUGCUGAGCAGCAGGAGAGAGAGCGAGCAGCACAGCAACAGCAGCCGAGUGCUUCUCCCCGAGCAGGCACCCCUGUGGGGGCUCUCAUGGGGGUGGUGCCACCACCAACACCAAUGGGGAUGCUCAAUCAGCAGUUGACACCUGUUGCAGGCAUGAUGGGUGGCUAUCCGCCAGGCCUUCCACCUUUGCAGGGCCCAGUUGAUGGCCUUGUUAGCAUGGGCAGCAUGCAGCCACUUCACCCUGGGGGGCCUCCACCCCACCAUCUUCCGCCAGGUGUGCCCGGCCUCCCGGGCAUCCCACCACCGGGUGUGAUGAACCAAGGAGUGGCCUCUAUGGUAGGGACUCCAGCACCAGGUGGAAGUCCAUAUGGACAGCAGGUAGGUGUUUUGGGGCCUCCAGGGCAGCAGGCACCACCUCCAUAUCCUGGCCCACAUCCAGCUGGCCCCCCUGUCAUACAGCAGCCAACAACACCCAUGUUUGUGGCUCCACCACCAAAGACUCAGCGGCUUCUCCACUCAGAGGCCUAUUUAAAAUAUAUUGAAGGACUCAGUGCUGAGUCCAACAGCAUUAGCAAGUGGGACCAGACCCUGGCAGCUCGAAGACGCGAUGUUCAUUUGUCAAAAGAACAGGAGAGCCGCCUCCCCUCUCACUGGCUGAAAAGUAAAGGGGCCCACACCACCAUGGCAGACGCCCUGUGGCGCCUUCGGGAUCUGAUGCUCCGAGACACCCUCAACAUUCGCCAAGCCUACAAUCUAGAAAACCUUUAAUCACAUCAAUUACGUUUCUUUUAUAGAAGCAUAAAGAGUUUUGUGGAACAGUAGCCAUUUUAGUUACUGGGGGUGGGGGGGAGGAACAAAGGAUGAUAAUUUUUAUUGCAUUUUAUUGUACAUCACGAGGCCAUUUUUAUAUAAGGACACUUUUAAUAAGCUAUUUCAAUUUGUUUUUGUUAUAUUAAGUUGACUUUAUCAAAUACACAAAGAUUUUUUUUG